AUGGCGAGAGUCCGUCCUGCCCCAAUUAAAUCUCUGGAAGCCUACAAGCACAUUUCCCCCGAUUCCGGAGAACCAACUAUAGUUCAUCCCAGUUACAAUCCCAAGAUCAAGGGCCAUAUUCCCCCGGAUCCCAUUCAUGAGGAGUUUACACCUCCGAAGGAUCGGGCAUCCUUCGCUGAUCCAGAAAAAAAGGCACUUUUUGCCGUCGCCACACCGACUGAUUUGACUGAAAGCAUUGGCACGGAGCUGAAGAAUGUUCAGUUAAGUCAGUUGAACAAAGAGCAGCUGGAUGAGCUUGCGGCACUUGUCAACGAACGCGGUGUUGUCUUCUUCCGAGACCAAGACUUGACAACUGAGAAGCAAGUUGAGAUCUUCGAACAUUUCGGAGUUUUGGACACUCAUCCCACGCAGAAGGACACGAAGCAUUUUAUUGUUGGAGGCAACAAUGCAGAUUGGCGGACUCUCCUGAAAUACACUCCAUGGCCAAUGAACGAAUUUCAUUCCGAUACAAGCUUUGAAAUUAAUCCCCCAAGCUACUCUCUUCUUCGCAUGGAGGAACAUCCCGACGUUGGCGGAGACACGGCUUGGGUAUCAGGGUACGGCCUUUAUGAUGAGCUUAGCCCUCAGAUGCAAAAACUGCUGGAAGGCUUGCAUGCCGUGCAUACUUCGCGUUUGCAAUACGAUACCACUAUCGACUACUUCGGUGAUGAACCUCGUCGACCGCCGAUUGACACCCACCACCCGGCGAUUCGCACGCACCCUGUUACUGGCCUGAAAUCCCUCAAUGUCAAUCUUGCUUACUGCACGGGAUUUGCCGAGUUGAAGAAGGCGGAGUCUGAUGCGCUCUUGCAGUUCCUGAAUUUGCUCAUUCACAGCUCAGACGACCACUAUGUCAGAUGGAAAUGGCAGGUGGGGAGUAUUGCUCUCUGGGACAACAGAUCGUGUCUGCAUCGUAUCAUACCAGGCACUUACUCUACGGGUACGAGAAGAGGCAUCAGGACCACGGUCUUUGGAGAAAAACCGUUUUAUGACCCCGAGAGUGAAGGCCGCCUGCAGAGAGAGGAACGGAUCCAUGCUGGGAGCGCCAAAUGA